GGCUAAGAGUCUUCGGAUAUCGAGUGCGAGGACGAAUCGGCCCGAUGCAUUGACUCCUGCCUCACUUCUAGUAUAAGACGACCCUAAGGACUGGGUCCCUCUCCAUUCUCCCCCUCAUGCAGACUCUCCAACUGCUAUCUGUCUCACUGACUCUCGUCUCAAUCCCACGAUACCGAGUUCCCAGUUUUUCGUCCGUCAUAAUUCGACAGAUUCUUCAACCCUCUCCUGCAAAAUUUCUUAACAUUUCUAGCAAUGAGAUUGAACUAUCCAUCUUUGCCGAAGCCCAUACCCUUGUAGAAUUUGAGGAGUUAGCCAGGAAAGACCGUCAGAGGCAACGGUCAAACUCGGGGUCUCGCCCGAGUAAAAAUAGGGACGCACAGAGUCCUUUUGUACCCAUCGAGGUCUCUUACGAGCAAUGGAGUGUGUUACAGUUAGAAUCCCAUAGCGAUUCUCUCGAUAAUUCGGGGGCGAGGGUGAACGAACUUUCUGCGCCGCUCGCUGCAGCUGGGAUAUCCAUAUUGUAUCAAUCCUCUUACAUGAGUGAUUUCAUUUUCGUCAAAGAGUCGCGUCUUCCAGAAGCACUUUCUCUACUUGCGAAUGCUGGUUUCGAUCUUUACUCCGUUGAAGAGCCGUUGUCCUCUCCCACGGUUCCAAUAUCACCUCCGUUGACACCGGGUCUGCUUUGCGAACUCGAUUGUAAGUCUUUCCUCGACUUCGCUCCCUCAAACCCAGCAGUCUCGCCCGGUUCCGUGCUGACCAGGACGAGAAGCACCCCAACGACACCUUCUUUCUCCCCAUCUCGAUCACGCACGCCCAGCGGACCUAAUCCAUCUACACAGACCUCUGUCGACCGCUGCGGGAGGAAGGCAAAAUCAUUCUCAGGUGAGGUUCAUCUCCUUGAUUCAGACCUUACUUGCGUGGGUCUGUCCGAUGACAGCGUCGACAACUGGUCGUCAAAAAUAAUCAAGCUGGUCGCUUUUCCCGACCUAAUUCCUUCACCUCCUCGAGAUAGAAAGAUAGAAGAACGUACUCCCAUGGCCUUUACUCCAAGGCCGCGUCGUGAAAGCACUCAGUCCCUUUCCGACCAUUCUUCACCGCCUACGAGUGAUGAGGAGGAUCACGAUGAAGUUGGCUACUUCUCCUCGUCUCCUACUCGGUCGACAUCCUCGCUUCUAACGUCUCUCACGUCCCGUUCAUCCCGCUCCUCCUCUGUAUCCACGGAUUCUCAACAGUGUUCCCUUUCGAUGCAGGUUUCUCCAUCGUAUUCGAAACAUCCAUCAGGAAUGGGUGGUCCUUUGUCCCCUCUGUCCCCCUUACAUACGAACGAUGCCUACUUCAUCUCGUGUACACCCACACCUACAACAGAGUCGUCAAGGCGGAAAGCCAUGAGCCUCUUGUGUGGACGAUCUUCACGGUCAAGACCGGAGGUCAAACCACCACGAGUUCCAUUCUUCUCCUUCACCCGUACUGCGGAAGGUUCUUCGCUCACCACGGACGCUGAGCUUUUAGCCAUGUUGUUUCCAGCGAAAGAUCGGUACAUGGUCAUUUGUGGUGGAGAGCUGGAUGCUGCGGAUCAGCGUGUUGCUGAAGGAAAAGAUCAUCGAGAAGACGAACCAGAAUUAGACGACGAUUUGGAUCACAACACUGGCAGCAACAUGCUGAAAUGCCUACAGGUCGAUCUCAGAAAGUUUGGCCUUGAUAAACAUGGCCUCGUCAACCGUUUUUCCCGCGUGCUUGAGGAGAACGAAAUCAAUCACAUGUAUAGUUCCACCUUCAGAACAGCGAAUCUCUUGGUCGACAAGCGAUAUGCUGUGCGAGCUCAGACGCUGCUACGAGCCUGCUGAGAGCAGAUUCGCUCUUUUCAGACUGCUACACCAAACACUGCGUUCGUACUCAAAGUUCAAAAGCUCUAGUCGCCACGCAAUCAUUUCUGGAUUUAGAACGCCGACUCGGUCUUUGGAAUUUGGUCUUCCCUCCGCAAGAUCAUUCUCACAGGUCUUAAGCUCAACUCCUCUCCCGAACCAUGGUACUCUUUUUCCCCCUUCCAUAUCGUCUGUUCGGUUACUUUUCUACUCAACUAACAUUGUAAUUCUUUCACUCGUCACUUUAACGGGAUCCACUCGUCUUCUCACCUCAUUAUCUGAGUCUUUGUUUUGGCUCAUCUGUAGUCUCUUAGUCCCCGCAUAUCACGGGCUCGAUGCAUCAAGUACUUCCGUCUUCUCUUCUUUCUUUUGGGGUUUUGGUAAUGUAUGACUACUCCCAUCACGUAUUUAACUGCUUGCUAUACCUUUUCACAAUUCUGUACACAUUGCGAUGUAUUUUAUCAGCUUUACGUAGUGUAUCGCUACUAUUACUGCAUACCAAAAUCAUCAUCUACAGUACAGCUCACUUGAUGCUUCCGACACGGAUUUACAUAAAUAUACAGUACUGC